AUGAUGGGAAAACUGAUUGCUGUGGCUAUCGUGUCAACCAUCGCAGCAAUUUUUGCACAAAUAGAACUGAGCAAUGACCCGUUAGUGGUGUCCAAAGAUGUGGUCAUCAAGAAGAACCGGUCAGAAGUCUUUGGCUAUGUGUCCAAUCUCAGGACAUACCCAUCGUGGUACCCAGGUCUGGUAUGGAUGCAGGAAGUGGAACAUUCCAACAUGAAGCCAGGAAAGAGGUUUAUCGGAGCCUACUGGGUUCCUAUCAUCGGGGAGCUGAACGAAAACUUUAAGAUUGUAGCCUAUGUUGAAAACCAGAAGCUGGCGUUUGAGUCAGACUUCUUUGCCCACCAGCCUCGGAUUGUCAUGACCUUCAAAGACGAGGGAGACGACAGGACACGUUUGUCGUGGAAGAUGUUCACUCAGAGAAGAAGCUACUUCUUCUUUGGCACAUUUUACCAGAUAUUCAAGUACACUUUGGAUCAGCGGGUGACUGGCGCACUUCUCACUCUACGAGGGAACCUUCAGGGAGAAGGCAAUGUGUUCGGCAUAUAAAUAAAGUGUUGGAAUCCCUCCAUGCAUGCCAAAAUGCAAGACAAAGUGUGGGUUCAUGUAUGUCUGCUAUAUAUAUCAGAUUGAAUGUGCAACGUGUUAUCAGUAUCAUAAUUGUAUAUAAGUGUUUGCUGUAAAUGUUUUACAUGGUAACAAACAAAAUUAAAGUAUUAAUAAAGUAGAUAAGAAAGGCACGUACCUUGAAUGUACCUAUUGCAAAUAACGGCCACUUAAUGAUAAUAAUUGUGUGGUGUGCUACACCCUUAGCUUCAGGUAAAAGAUGGUACAGCAAGUGGUGAUACAUGUACAUGUAACCCUUCAUGUCUCCUCUACUAUAAAUUUGCUCAAGAGAAUUGAUCAGACUACAUGUAAGAAGAUCUAAUAGUGUAAGAAAUUAUGAAUUGACUUGAUUUGAAGCCUACAUAACAUUCUGGCUUUGUGAUAAAUACAAGAGUAUAUAGAGCAGUGCCUUGUACAAUAAAGAAGCAUGUAAUUUUAUGUGCCAGCAAUAUCUAUAAUAAUGUACAUGUACAUGCUUUGUUGUCUGUUUCCAUUGUUAUUGAUAUCCAGAACUAUAGUCAUGUAUUACUAAGUAUUAUAAUAAUACAUGGUUAGUAUAUUAUUAUAGUAAGCGUGAAGUAAUAUUUAUUUAUGGAGGAUGGCGUUUGCUAUAUGCCUCUACUGCAAUGCUGUAUAACUGGUGGCUCAUCAAAGUUGUAGCAUUUUCAUAUGCAAUGUUUUAAGUUUGUAUUUUUUUGCAGUGCAUUUUUUUUUCUGUAAAUAGUUAACACUUUUUUAUGUUAUUUAUAUAUAUAUAUAUUGUGUGUGUUAUUUAUAAGAGAUAGGGAGUAAGUGAUAUUAUAGUUGCUGACAUAUACAUGCAUGAACUUUGUCUAUUAAUUUUGUUAUGACUGAAUAUGAAUUGUGUAAUGCACAUCAAACAGAAUAAGAUUAUUGGUAGCUAGGAAAUCUCUUAGCUUAAUACUACCCAUCCAGGUAUGGAAUUCCAAAGACAUUGGAUAGCCCCUGGCUGCUUUUAACAAUGGAGCAGUCAUAAUUUGAUGUGCUGUUACAUGUAGGUGUAAUAAGAUUAUGAUGUAUUUAGCUUUUUGGAUGAAUGCAACUAUAAUAGCAUACCUGCAUGUGAAUAAAAAAUCACUAUGUCUUAUGUUAUUAUACAAUUCUCAAGGGCAACUUAUGAAUUUCCUGUUGAAUUUAUUUUGGAAUUAACCAGAUUGUCGAAAAAAUGUUACCCUUAAUAAAAAGAAAUUACAGCAGCAUCAAGGAUAACAUAACAUCAAAAUUCACAAGCAACAUUUUAUUCCUUUUAACAUGCCCAGUAGACUGUUCAAGUCCCACAACAAGACUUAGUAACGUAACGGCUCGUUGAUAAACUAAAAAAC